AUGAGUCAAUUAGUGAUCAAUGAUUUGGUGGAAGAGAUUAGUGACGAAAAUCAAAGACUGGUCACUGAGUUGGCACUCGAGAGGCAAUUGUCUCAAGUGUUGGACAACAUUAGAAACAAUGCAUUAGUUUUGAUACAAAACUGUAAAUGCGAUGAAAAUCAACACUUAAUACAAACCAUUCAUCGACUUAAUGGUGAUUUCAUUGAACGCAAGACAAAUCACUUCUUGGGAUCACAUGUGCGCACACAGACUGUCGAUGAAUGUGUUUCAGGUGAUGGUAGCGAAGCGGUCACUGAAUUGAGUCCAACACUCGACUCGAGACAAUCGGCGCCCGAGAAGUCGGACCACAGUUUAGCCACUGAUAUAUCGAUGGACACGACGACUGAUACACACGAUUUGGACACCAAUUCAUCACUGUUUGCGUCCAUAGAUACUGCAGACAUAAAGCCAUCGGCCUAUCACUGCCAUCGAUGUCACCAUUCAUUUGGCACUAUAUUUGAUCUCAAAAAUCACGACAAUAUCGUCCACAAGAAGCUGAUCGCAAAUGUCUGCAGACAUUGUCAGCGACUGUUCCACACGGCGGGCCAGUUGUCCAUUCAUUUGAUUCUGAGCAACAGGAGACCAAUGGGUCAUCCAAUCUAUAUGUCACACAAAGUGUCGGAACUGAUCAAAGUGUCCGCCAAAGAGACCAAAUAUGAAGUGCACGACCUGUUUGUUGAUGAGGGCAAAGAGGUGUUGGGCACUCUGGGUAUAAAUGAUACGCUGGAGCUAUUAGUUCAUACAUCGGGUGCCGUUAGAGUUGUUAAGCUAUUAGUCAAAUAA